AUGUCGAAAAGAUCUUUGAGCCAAAAGAAGUUAGAGAGAGUGGUUGAAAGUCUGUCGGAUUUUUCUGCGGGUUCAUCUGACGAAUAUGAGCCUAGUGAAGAUGAAACAGAUUCAUCAUUUGAAGAUAGUGAAAAAGAAACUGCAUCAGAAAAUGAGAAUGAGUUUGAAUAUAUUCAAGGUGAUUUUCAGGAGUCGUCAACAUCACAGCCAGCGCAAAACCCAUUGCAUUAUCAUCGAACAUUAGAAAACUGUAUUUCUCGUGAUAGAUAUGUGGUCCUUACUUCCAAGCUUUACUUUUCCCAGCCAAAUAAACCACCGGAUGCCACAAAAUCAUAUUAUGUCGAUGACUUGAUUUCGUGUUUGAAACACAGCUUUAGUAAAUGUCGUCAAGAUAGUCUAUUCCAGAGCAUUGAUGAGAGUAACCCUAAGUUCAAGGGACGUUCUUCUCUAAAGCAAUAUAUGCCCAUGAAACCAAUCAAACGAGGCAUCAAACUAUGGCUUCGUUGUGAUGCCGAUUCUGGGUAUACAUAUGAUCUCAACGUGUACGUUGGUAAAGGUACAGAAGUAAGUAGCGAUGCACUAACUCUUGGAGAAAAAGUUGUUAAGAGACUUGUCGGAACAAUUAAAGGUCCUGACGUUGUUCUAUGCUUUGAUGGCUUUUUCACCAGUGUAAAUUUACUGGAAACUAUCAAUUUUGCGGCGGUUGGCACCUGCAUGACUAAUCGCAAAAAUGUGCCAUCAAUAACAGGAAAACUCAAACGAGGAGAAUCGAAGUUCACAUGCACCGACACGGGACUUAUGUGUACGAAGUGGCAAGAUACGAAGGAAGUCUUAUUAAUGAGUAAUUGUCAUAAACCUAAUGUAACUAAAAUUUCAAAAAAGGAUAAGACGGGCCAAACAGGGGAAAUUGACUGCCCGGAAGCAAAUACAUUCUAUCGGCAAAAAAUGGGAGGAGUUGACCACGCAGAUCAAUUCAUAAGUCUCUACCAUCACGACAGAAAGUCCUCGAAGUGGUGGAAAAAAGUGUUUUAUACUUGCCUUGGGAUGUGUACAACAAACGCAUGGAUUAUUUACAACGACUUGAGGCGUAAGAAUGAGAAAGUUCCUUAUCUAACAUAUGUGGUGAAUCUUGCCGAGGAAUUGAUUGCCAAAGGAAAAAAUACCAUUACCAAAAAGAGGUCCAAUUUCGAAGAAAAGAAAACUUUAUGGAUCAGCAUUACAUCUCCCUACAGAAGGUGCCACUAG